CACUAACACACAAACACACACACAGACAGCAGAGAGGGAGGGGAGAGAGGAGAGAGGAUGGGGAUGUGGUCUGAGGAGCAGCUUCUCUCGCUUCACGUUACCUCACCUCCCUGUGUGAAGCUGUGAAGCGGUGAUACAGGCUGCCUGUUUGUGUUCCUCUACAUUUUAAUAUCUGCGUCUUCAUCACCAUCACCUUCAUCAUCAGCAGCAGCAGCAGCAGCAUCAUCAUCAUCUGUAACCAUGUCGGACUCUGAGGACAUGACGGAGUUCGCCAGCAUCGUGGAGCGGAUCGAGCGAGGCGAGAGGCGUAGCAGCAGCGGCACCGCGGCGGUGCCGAUCAAAAACAUCGAGAGGGAGCUGAUCUGCCCGAUCUGCAAGGAGCUCUUCACCCACCCGCUGAUCCUGCCCUGUCAGCACAGCGUCUGCCACAAGUGUGUCAGAGAGCUGCUGCAGCUGAACUAUGACGACUCUUUCGAUGCCGGCUCCGAGUGCUCCAUGCCGGGCAGCCCCAGGUCCAGGGUGCCCUCCCCCUCCAUGGAGAGGCUGGACAGGCUCGUGAGAUCAGGUCCUCGGAAACGGAGUGGAAAUACUGGCUUGAAAACUGAGAUAAAUCCAGCACUCCUCGGUUCCCCUGUCCCCCAAAAACGCUCUAUCUCAUCCCCAGGGUGGCGCAGAGGGUCAGUGACUCCACGGGUCACCGCCAUCCCAUGCCCCGGCUGCCAGCAUGACAUCGAACUUGGCGAGCGCGGCAUCAGCAUGCUGUUCCGUAACUUCACCCUGGAGAGCAUUGUCGAGCGCUACCGCCAGGCCGCCCGCGCCGCAGUGGCGAUUAUGUGUAACAUCUGCAAGCCUCCCCAGCUGCAGGAGGCGACAAAGAGCUGCAUGGACUGCAAGGCUAGCUACUGUAACGAGUGCUUCAAGCUGCACCACCCCUGGGGGACACCCAAAGCUCAGCACGAGUAUGUCGGCCCCACGACAAACUUUAGGCCCAAGGUGCUCAUGUGUCCGGAGCACGAGAUGGAGAAGGUGAACAUGUACUGCGAGGUCUGCAGACGACCCGUGUGUCACCUCUGCAAGCUGGGAGGAUCCCACGCCAACCACAAGGUCACCUCCAUGAGCAGCGCCUACAAGAUCCUAAAGGAGAAGCUGGCCAAGAGUAUCCAUUACCUCAUCAGCAAAGAGGACCAGGUCAGGACUCAGAUUACUGAUCUUGAGCUGCUCAUCAGUCAGACCGAGGACAAUGGCCAACUAGCAGAGCGUCAAGCCAAUGAGCACUUUGAGCGUCUGUUUGAGACGCUGCAGGAGAGGAAAUCCGAGAUGCUCAGAUCCAUUGAACAGUCUCGUAACCGACGCCUGAACCAUCUCAAGACCCAGGUGGAGGAGUACCAAGGCAUGUUGGAGAACAGUGGUCUAGUGGGCUACGCUCAGGAGGUGCUGAAAGAGACGGACCAGUCCUGCUUUGUACAGACGGCCAAGCAGCUGCACCUCAGGAUCCAGAAGGCCACAGAGUCUCUGAGGACCUUCCACGCUGCAGCCGACCCCUGCUUCGAUGAGUUUGUGCUGGACACCUCCAGAGAAGAGACUCUGCUCAAAGAGAUGUGCUUUGGUGGAGUUCCAGACCCCCCUCUGAUUGACCUGUCCCAUAGCAGAGUCUAUAACGAGGCCUCAAUCUCCUGGAGGCUUUCCGAUGAUCACCUGCCAACAGAUCACCACGUGGUUGAGUACCGCAGACUCGGAGGCCCGAGCCAGUCCCCGUCCCAAGAGGACGGCGAGGACAGCGGCGUCUGGAGGCCUACAGAAAAGGUGUAUGGUCCCAGCAGUGUUGUGUGCGACCUGGAGGCCGACAGCUUGUACUCCUUCAGGGUCCGCAGCUGCAGGAACUCCAUGUUCAGCCCCUACAGCCCUGAGGUCACCCUCCACACACCUCCUGCACCCGCUUUAGGUUUCCUGUUCAGCGACAAGUGUGGCUUCAGCGCGGAGCGGCUCAUCCUAAACAAGCGACGGGACACCGUGGAGAGCGUGGCGGGCAUGGCCUUCCUCCUUGCAGCAGAGCGUGUGCAGACGGGCAGUUACAUUGGACUAGAUUACAUAAUUGGGGACACUGGCAUCUCUCAGGGAAGACAUUAUUGGUCCUUCAAGGUGGAGCCGCACUCCUACAUGGUUAAAGUUGGAGUGGCCUCUGACUCGAAGCUGCUUGAAUGGUUUCACAAUCCCAGAGAUACCAGCAGCCCGAGAUACGACCAUGACAGUGGGCACGACAGUGGCAGUGAGGACACGUGCUACGAGCUCUCGCAGCCCUUCACCCUCCUCACCCUGGGCAUGGGCAGACUCUUCAUCCCUAAGGCCUCGUCAUCCUCUUCCGUUUCCUCAGCAAACGCUCCGUCCGCUGACCCCGGCAAUCGCGUGCUUCCCAUGCCGCAACGCAUUGGGGUGUGCCUAGAUUACGACGCCUGCCGGGUGUAUUUCUACGACGCAGACACCAUGAGGUGCCUUUAUGAGAGGCAGGUGGAUUGUUCGGGAACAAUGUAUCCAGCCUUCGGCCUCAUGGGCAGCAGCAAGGUGCAACUGGAGGAGUUAAUCACGGCGAAGAGACUGACCUUCUGAGUCGGGAUGGAGUAUGUUGCUGCGUUAGGACCUGAGUCUGUUUAAUCUUUGGCAUGUUCUAGGAAGAGCAGGUUUUAAUGAUGAUGGAGAAAGAUCCAACAUGUUACUUUUUUUUUUUUUAAAGGUUUGAUGAGGAGGAUGUGAUCAGGGCCUUUGGUCCUUGUUGUGGAAAUGGGAUCUCUGCUAGAGACUGGCGUAUUUAGCUUUGGCAUGUAUAAUGUAUGACCCUCACAUACCAUGACACUGGAUAUCAGUGUCCAGUGGUCUUGAGAGGCUGAUAUAAAUGUGAAAGGUCUUCUCUACAUACCAAAGUCUCUGUAUUUGACUUGCUUUUAGUCGCCAGCUACGAUCAGCUGUCAAAGUGGUGGAAUCUUUGUUUUAAACAUGAAACGCCUUCAAGCUCACACUUACACUUCCUCUUUUGCCAGGUUUGUGUUUAUAGACGAAUUCGUGUGUGUUAACUAUCGAGUGAUGUUUGUUUCUUCGGCUCAUUUCUGUAACUGUUUGUCUAAACGUAGCAGGUUUGGAUGUUGUGGACCUGUGGGAGCCGUGUAGCUACUUUAUUGAAGCUAGUGCCUUUCUGCCUUUUUUAAAAAAAGAGAAUGGGUCAUUUAGUUUGCGCUAGCAAGCUUAUAUUGGUGUCACUGCACAAGCAUAAUGGAAAUACUUAUCAUAAAUACUGUGUGAAUUUUUACUGUAGCUAUAGUUUGAUCACAGACACUGGUGUCAAAGUUAAAACGGUUAAUAUUCAUGAUGACUUGUCAUUCACUUCUUUACUCGUCGUUUCUCACAGAAAACACUACUGUUUCCUCCUUAUCCCAGUUCUGUUCAGCAGUUUUUGCACAAUACGAUGAAUGAUGCCUCGCACCUUUACAAUCACCACAUUAAGAUCACUACCUAGUCUGUGACUCAUUGAUGUCACACUGUGAAAAGCGUUCACAUUCACUGACAUGAACGAGCCCUCGCUUUUACAAGCCUCUCACUGUUUAGACUCGUCUGUUGCACUUGAUGUGACUUUGUCAACAUUAGCAGGUAUCAGAAUAUCGCACACUCGCAGUCGACGUCACGUUGACAGCUGCAGAGUCACUUAAUAUCCAAAUCUUGUUGUUUCUGGUGCUGACUCAAGUGCAACACUUAACAGCCUUUAAACAGUUCAAAAAAUGCCAUAAACAUUCAGGUUCUUUCAACAAGUGCUAUCAUACAACACACUUCAGUAGUAACACAGUUUACUCGCAGUGCAGACAAGUGAACUGUAGCAUAUCAGCAUGUCGUUGGUGAGUUGGGCUUCGAUUAAAGCAGCUGGGAUAUCUAAGUCUAAGAGGGCACACUAUUCGCUGAGCAAACACUUGUGUAGACGUAUGUUGUAUAUGUGCCUGCACACGGGCUUCUUUGUACAUUCAUGUAUAUUUUGGAUUUCUGGAGGGUUAGGGGAACUGGUGUGUGUGUGUUUUCUCAGGUUUCUGGCCUUGGUUCUGGGCCCGAUGCUACCUACCUCUAUCUGUCAGGCCUGGAAAACCUUAACUACUGUACCUUCUCCUCGCAGAAACACGUUUAUUUGAUUUGCAGCUUCAUCCGGAACACUUGGCUCAACAUGUCCGCCUUCUGUUUAAUGUCAAAUCAAAAAUAGAUUUUUUUUUAAACUUCCAUGUACAUAUUAAUCCAGAGUAUAAUAUCUUAGUGAAACAAAAUACAUCUUUCAUGUUUAUUUGGUUGUGUUUUGAAGACGUGUAUCACUAUUGGUGGAAAUUACUGUAAGCAGAUGUUACCAUGUUCAGCUGCUUUUGUGAAGGGAGUGUUUCAAAUGGUACUAACAAACUAUUCCUCCUUUUUUUUUUUUUUGUUUGUGGUGUUGGUUUUGUUUUUAUAGUUGUGACGUAUAGAACACAUUAUGGGUUUUUUGUUUUGGGUUACAAACACUUCACACUUAUGUUCUUACAUUUUUAGGGAUAGAAAUGUGGGAUUCCUGCGACAGCAUUCGGAUUUGGUUUCACAAGUGUUUGCUGUCGGUUAUUUUCACUCCAAUGUUCACAGAUCCUUGAUUCCAAUGUUUUUAAAAUUGACUCUGGGUUUCAGUUUCACAGGUUUUAGUUAAAUCACAGAAUGUAUUCACAAAAAUUACAGUACAAAUGGCUGAAUGUUCCUUUUUUUUCUUUCAUUGGUUUAUUCCACCUGGGGUCACGGCACAGUUGUUAAAAGACUCAACUGCUUUCAGUCAUGGAUUUAGAACCAAAUAUUUUUGCAGGCUGGCUGUCAAUCUAAUUCCAAGCUAGCACUUUAAAAAUCUGUAGCAUGUCAGCAACUGUGUGGCGCUGCAGGUGUCUGUAUAAUGUGUGUGUGCAAUAUUAUUAAGCAGGCUAUAGGACAGAACAGUGUAGUUAGACAUUAGCCUGGAAAGACAAUUUGCACUGAAAAUAGUUUGUCGUACUUCUUGGUUUUGAAUUGACUUUUCCUCCAUACAAUUGAAUUUUGAACACAACUUUAUUGUUUUUUUUGUUCACUCAAAUUAGUGCAUUUGUCUCUGUGCUUUUUCUCCACAGUAUUUGGAUGUGGUGUGUAAAUGGUGGGUUUCUGUAUGUUUAGUAUGUAAAGAUGUGGAAAUGCUGUUCUUUGCUCUCAUUCCUGGAAAUGCUACACUUUUUAAUUUGCCGUGUGGGAAUUUCAUCAAAUAAAACUAGUGUUUAUAAAUCUA